AGUCGUAUACGCACUUUGCUCGUUGGCAGUCGUAGUCGUCGCCGCUGCUGUUGCCGCUGAUUUGCCGUCGCGUUCUUGCGCUUUGCGUUCCUGCGUUUCUGCGCUUCUGCGUCGAACGAUCCGAAAGAUACGUCGCGGGCUCGCCAGUGAUUCGAAUUGCUUUCAAUUGAUUUGAUUUAAGCGCCAAACGGAGCUGAAAAGCGUGUCUCGUAAAGUAUGCACAGCCUGAAAACCGUGUGUUAAAGUGAUAAAGGAGAAAGCCAUUCCGAGAGAGUGCUAACAAGUGCCAGUGCCGAGAAAAGUGCCUCCUCGCCAGCUGCGAAAAGGAUUUACGCGCUCCCCAGUUCCCUUGGAUAAGAGCCACAGCCGAACUGAACUGAAGCCAACAGACCUUGUUUACGUGCAGUUACCACCAUACCAUACCACACCAACAGCCCACAAGUAUAGCUGAUCAUUGCCAUCGGAUCGCUGCAAACUCCUUCCCGCGCGCAUCCCCCAAACAGCCGUCAAAAUUCUUGAUAAAGUGGCCUCAAUAGGCGCCAACACGCUCAAUUUCACGGACCUAGGGAGCCCCUACGAGGGGCCUCCCAGCACCCCCCAGUCGGGCAUGGACGCCCCCGACGCCCCGCACACGCCCAAGUACAUGGACGGCGGGAACACGGCGGCCAGCGUCACGCCCGGCAUCAACAUCCCCGGAAAGUCCGCCUUCGUGGAGCUGCAGCAGCACGCCGCCGCCGGGUACGGCGGCAUCCGGAGCACCUAUCAGCAUUUCGGACCGCAGGGCGGCCAGGACUCCGGCUUCCCGAGUCCGCGCAGUGCCCUCGGCUACCCGUUCCCGCCCAUGCACCAGAACUCCUACUCCGGCUACCACCUGGGCAGCUACGCCCCGCCCUGCGCCAGUCCACCGAAGGAUGACUUUUCCAUCUCGGACAAAUGCGAGGACUCCGGCCUCCGCGUCAACGGCAAGGGCAAGAAGAUGCGCAAGCCCCGCACCAUCUACAGCUCGCUGCAGCUGCAGCAGCUCAACCGCCGCUUCCAGCGCACCCAAUACCUGGCCCUGCCCGAGCGGGCGGAGCUCGCGGCGAGUCUGGGCCUCACGCAAACGCAGGUGAAAAUCUGGUUCCAGAACCGACGGUCCAAGUACAAAAAGAUGAUGAAGGCGGCCCAGGGACCGGGCACCAACAGCGGCAUGCCGCUGGGCGGCGGAGGACCCAAUCCCGGCCAGCAUAGUCCCAACCAGAUGCACAGUGGCGGUAAUAACGGCGGUGGCUCGAACAGCGGCUCACCCUCACAUUAUCUACCUCCCGGACACAGUCCAACGCCAUCGAGUACACCCGUGUCCGAGCUUUCACCUGAAUUCCCACCAACGGGCCUCAGUCCGCCGACGCAAGCGCCGUGGGACCAGAAGCCCCACUGGAUCGACCACAAGCCGCCGCCCCAAAUGACGCCACAGCCACCUCAUCCAGCGGCAGCACUCCAUCCGCAGACGCACCACCACAAUCCGCCGCCCCAGAUGGGGGGCUAUGUGCCCCAGUACUGGUAUCAGCCCGAGACGAAUCCCUCACUAGUGACUGUUUGGCCGGCGGUCUAACAGCAUCCCAACCAGCUGCCCUCGGCUGCCUGGACGCAGCACCAGCUGAGCCACCUGGAGCAGCAGCACCACCACCUGGGCCAACUGGGACAACUGGGCCACCAGGACACCCAGCAGCACCUCCUCCAGCGGCAGGACCUCGCCGGCGGGGCCUUCGAGGGCGGCAGCGGGGGCGGAGGCGGGGGCGUGGCCGUGCAGCACACAAUAUCUUAGCCAAUAAACCAUGAUAGCAACCUGUAAAAUAUGCAUGAAAAUGUUGAGAAAGUAUGCGAGAGCACUGGCAAGUUAAGCGUAAAGUUUUGUACAUUUCAAACGUAAUAUAAUACAUAUAAAUAUAUUUACCAACGUGAAUAAAGUCGUUCUAAAAUGUAGUCUAGCUAAGUACAUGAAAAACACACAAAAACCAAUACAAAAAUAUACUUAAAUUAAAACAGAAAACAUUCCUCAAUCACAGAAGCAAGGAGAGAGUAAGAAACGUGUCCUUUAAUUUUGUUUAAUUUAGCAAAUUAACUAUGUAUAAAUCUAUCUAUAUGAACGUAAACUAUAUGUAGUGAGCAACAACAAACAACAAAGUAUAAAAGCGUAAAAAAGUAAAUCAUAAAUAAAUGAAAUCAAAAUGAAAA